CGGAAGUUAAUUAACAACGUAGCCAAGGCGCACGGUGGUUACUCCGUGUUCGCUGGCGUCGGUGAGCGUACGCGCGAAGGCAAUGACUUGUACAACAAGAUGAUUGAGUCCGGCGUCAUUUCGCUCAGGGAUAAGACCUCUAAAGUCGCCCUUGUCUACGGACAGAUGAACGAGCCCACAGGUGCCCGCGCCCGUGUGGCCCUUACCGGUCUUACUGUUGCUGUGUAUUUCCGCGAUCAAGAAGGACAGGACGUGCUGCUCUUCAUCGACAUUUUCCGUUUUACUCCGGCCGGUUCUGAGGUGUCCGCCCUGCUAGGUCGUAUCCCCUUAGCUGUGGGUUAUCAGCCAACUCUGGCCACUGACAUGGGUUCUAUGCGAAGCGUAUUACAACUACCAAUUUUGCCAUUUUGGGCAUGGAUGAAUUGUCUGAGGAGGACAAGCUGA